UUUAUUAAAAUGUUUAAAAAAAUAUUAAAUUAAUAAAAAUAUAUUUAGGACCAAAAUUAGACCAUCUUAAGCAAAGACAGCAUUUCAGUUUUAGCUUUGAGUAAAUGUGUACUACUGAAUGAAUGAUUGAUGACGUGCGUCCAUGGAUUCAUAAAGGGGAAGCGCUUGUGUCAGUCUUUAUAACUGCAUCGGCGCGUGCUCGCGCUGCUCGUCCCUGGCAUUUACAGUAGAUAUCGGACGGUGCUGGAGACGGGGCACGGGGACUUCUGAUCUGCUCAUUUUCGGAACAUACUUGAAACGAAUAUGGAUACUUAUUACGACUUGGGAUCAUUGUCGUUUAUUGUCUCGUGUUAUGCAGUUGCGCCUCUAUGGACAGGUAUGAAAGUGCCAAACCCAGAACAACAGUGCUCAACAGUAUUGAAAGCUUGGAAGAGACAAGCAGCACAUCAGGACAUCAGCCAGACAAAACAUCCGAUCUGUAUGAUCUGGAAUAUGAUGAUGAUGACUCAAUCUCUGGGGAUUAUGAUUUUAUCCUCCCAAGAGUUCAAUUUUCCACAAAACCCAAACAUCCGUCUAUGAUGCCCAUUACUGAGAAGAAAAGAAAAGGCAAAAGAAAGGGCAAAGGAAAGGGUAGGGGGAGGAAGAAAAACCCCUGCCUGUCAGAAUACAAAGAUUUCUGCAUUCAUGGAGUUUGUCACUAUCUGAAAGAGUUACAGUCUCAUUCUUGUGUAUGUGAGGCCGGUUUCUCAGGGGAGAGAUGUCACCUGUUCACAUUACCGGUAGUUAAAGAGGAACAGCGUUACAGCCGGACCACAGCUUUAGCUGUAAUGGCAGUGGUCUUGUCCCUCAUGUGUCUCACGAUCAUUGGCAUUCUGCUGACACUGAGGUACCACAAAAAAAGUGAUGAUGAUGUGGAAAGUGAAGAAAAGGUCAAACUUCCGUGCAGUAGUGAUAAGCAGUGAAAGACUGAAAAGCUAGAUGGUCAUGACAUGUGACCCACAUGGGCGGAGCGUUAUGGGUGACGAGGAAACUGUUAUGUCUGGCAAGGGCAUAGAAAUGAUUGCCUUCAUCUUAUAGGAUACAUCUCAAGGGGAACUAAAAUUGUUACCUCCCUACUUUUUAAAUCAUUCCUAUGUCCCCUAUGUUUUUCCUCGACAAUGGCUACCGACACUGAAGAAUGAAGGAUUUUUCUAAUGUUUGACCUUAGCCAUUGUCCACCUAGACAAUAUACUGAAAGGACUGCUUGUAUUUUAAAAGGAACUGAAGUGCAACACGUGAUGAAUGUAGUACCACCUUUUAGCUGCAUCAGUCAAGUUGCUUGUAAUGUUGUUGCUUAUUUAUUUAAAAAAGAAAAGGUGUUUCUGAUCAGAUCAGUUUAAACGCCACAUGGCUCUUGUAAUUAUUUAUUUAUACGUUGGUUAUUUAUUGUAAUAUGUAACAAUUUUGUAAGUUUUUUAAAAAUGUUUUGAAUGUAUGAAUAUUUAUUAUUGACAAACACAAUCAAAUAAUGUUCUAAUAUGACUGUUGUGCUUAUGCAUGACCGUCUUUAAAAUCAAAUAUUGUAUAAAAGACCUUCAGAUAACAUUUUAAUAACCUUAUACCCAUACUGUGAAAAUACAGCAGGUGCUCUAAAAAUAUACAAUCACACAAUCAGAGAAGUUACGAACUGUUUAGGAAUGUCGGAAGACUGUGUUUUUUGACGUUGUUUGCUCAUUGGGUCUUUUAUAUGUAUUACUGAAAAAGUGUAGCUUAAAUUAAGUGAAAUAAAAUGGAAUAUAUUCAUCAUAGCAUUUUUUGAAGUGCUAUGUGUUUUAUACUGUAAAAACAAAACAAGUGAUAUCCAAGCUCUGGCAUUUUCAAGCAAUAUUGGAAUAGUUUCAGUUUAAUAAACAAUUCUGUUUGUAUAUGAAUUUGUUUGGUGUUUAUAUUGGAAAAAGAUGCUAUGGUCUGGAAGAAUGUUUGUUGCACUUUUUGUCUUUAAACUUUCCGCUG